AUGACUGGAGCAUCGGAGACUCACCGUCGGUUCUACAACUACCCAAUACCGCGCAAAGGCCCUAAUGUGCCCUUCAACUAUCUACCUUCAUCCAACCCGCUCAUUCGUGGCCGGGUGCUGGAAAUAGCAGCUUCAGUGCUCCCAUAUUUUGGCUUCAUCCAGAGCGCUCUCUGGCGAAUUGCCGGAUUCGACGUCGUCCGCAACGUCCCUGGUUUGAAUGACUAUCAACCCCGAUAUGACCCUACCGUCACGCCUAUUGCCAACCCCUCUGAGGCCAAACAUUCGAGUUUGCCCUCCCCAAGUCAGCGACGCGAUGGCCUGGGGUAUUAUACCUCCGCAGAUUACCAUGCGCUGUAUUUGUCAGGCGAACUCACUCCAACUGCGGUCGUAGAAGCUCUUUUACCCCUCAUCCGUCGUGAUACAAACCCUUGCGGCGAGUACUCGAUUGGCUUUCUUGAAACCAAGGCCGAUAUUGCUCGCGCUGCCGCCGCUGCUUCAACGGAGCGGUAUAAAAAUGGAAAUCCAUUGGGUCCUUUGGAUGGGGUUCCUGUUGCAGUUAAAGACGAAGUUGAUAUUGAGGGAUAUAAGCGGACGUUGGGAAGCAAGUUGGAUUUCACCGGAGCGGAGAAUCGAACGGCCUGGUGCGUUAAGAAGUGGGAAGAGGCUGGUGCAGUUGUUAUUGGGAAGACUUCCAUGCAUGAAUUGGGACUUGACACCACAAACAACAACCCUAAUGUUGGGACACCGAGAAAUCCUCACCAUGAAGACUACUACACCGGCGGAUCUUCGGGAGGCUCGGGAUAUGCUGUUGGGGUCGGUCUUGUACCCAUCGCACUGGGUGCAGACGGUGGUGGCUCAAUCCGCAUCCCGGCCUCCUUUUGCGGCAUCUACGGCCUUAAACCUUCCCAUGGCCGAGUUUCCGGGCAUCCAACAGUUGGCAUAGCUUCAACGACCGGUGUUAUUGGCCCUAUGGCAUCUAAUCUUGACGACCUGGCCUUAUCAUACCGCAUCAUGGCUGCCCCAGAUCCUAGCUCAAUGACAUCUAGUUCCUUCCCUGAUCCCCUUACCACCAUUCCAUCCAGUCAAUCAUUAUCAUCUCGGCCCAAAGUAAUCGGCGUAUUCCCCGACUGGGUUAACCGCGCCGAUCCCGCCGUCCUCGCCCUUUUCAACAAGGCCAUCGACUACUAUCGCAAUAACCAAGGCUACACCGUAGUCGAUAUAUCUAUUCCACUGCUCCCUGAAGGCCAGAAAGCUCACGCUCUGACAAUCCUAGCCGAAAUUGAAUCCCACCUCUCACUGGACCAGAUCAGCAAGCUCACCCCAGCCAACAGAAUCAUUAUGGCAGUCGGUGGCAACCCAACCAGAGCCCGGGAUUUUCUCGCAGCCCAAAAGCUUCGCAAUCUUCUCAUGUCGCAUCUUGCGUUUCUAUUCCAGCAACACCCGGGACUAAUCAUCGCUACCCCUACCACGCCCCUCCCCGGUUGGAAAAUACUUAAAGGCAACGCUGACCUCGCUAGAGGUGUGAGUGAUGUGGAUUCCAGCACACGCUCAAUGGAGUAUGUCUUCUUGGCUAACUUCACGGGCUGUCCCUCCAUUUCGCGUCCCAUGGGACUUGUAGACGGACCCAAUGUACCCGCCGGCCUCAUGGGGAUGAGUGACUGGGGAAGCGAAGAGAUGCUGAUUGAAUGGGCGAGAGAUGGGGAGGGGAUGCUAGGUUUUGAUGCUGCUGCUACAGAUACGAGCACGGCUGCUACACCUAAGGGAGGAUUGAAGGCCCCGGACACGACAAAUGGUGGUAAGUGGGUUGAUGUUAUUGGGAAGGUCCGAGAUUCUGGGGUGUGA